UCAAGGAACCAGACUGAAAGGAAGCAAAAUGAAGGCCUUGUUUGCAGUUUUGGUUUCCAUCACUAUUCUCUCAUCUGAAAUUGCCACAGAGAAUGAGGUGAAAAUGAUUUCAGAUUUGGCAUCAUAUGGCCUUGAAGUGGCACAGGAUUGUGCAAAGGAGAAUAGAGUUAGUUUGGUGAAGAUAAUGAGCUCAUUACUUCUUUCACGUUCUGCUGCUGACAGGAACUCUAAAUGUGCUAUUGCAUGCAUACUGGAAAACUUCUUUUUGCUCAUAGAUAACAAAGUUGAAACUGCUAUGGUAGCCCAAUUUCUAGAUGUGAUUCCUACAGACUCACUGAAGACACAAGCAGCAGGCCUCAUCAAUAAAUGUGAGAAGAAAGGUAAAGGCCCAGACAGGUGUGAAAAUGCUUAUGCAUUUGCAUUGUGCCUCAAGCAAAAUGGAGCGGUAACUCUUAUUAGAGCAGUGCUUGGUUAAGUUGGAGUGGAGUCCCAGUUACAUUAAUGAUGAUAAAUUCAGUAUCAUAUCUGUAAACUGUGUUUUCAUAGCAAACAUAUGGAACAUAGCAAGAACGAAAUCGAUAAAGACUUUUUGAAUUGUUGUAUUUACCUGUCAGUAAUAAAUGUUUUACAUUUA